AACUCUGUAAGGGAAAAAGAAGAGGAAGCAUUAGCGGACGGCUUUAAUGGAGGCUUUGAAGGUGAGCUCGCAGCCUUUCAGACACCUCUUUCGCUUCGCAACUUCUACUGCCUCCGCUGCCACACGCUCCAGAAUUGGAUUUCUCAGGUGCUCCUCCUCCUCCUCCUCAUCAUCAUCUUCCGCCGCCAUCGCAACCACUACCUCCGGCCGUAACCGUCGAUCUUCUUCUUCUUCUUCCACUUCGGACAGAGACGCCGUUCGCUCCAUUCGCAUUACUAAGGUGGAAGAAUUGAGGAGCAAGGGCUUGGAGCCGUAUGCUUAUAAGUGGGAUAGGACUCACACUGCUAACCAGCUGCAAGAUAUGUACAGACAUCUUGGGAAUGGCGUCGAGUCGAAUAGUGAGAGCGAUCAUGUUUCGAUUGCAGGAAGAAUUGUGGCUCGCAGAGCAUUCGGAAAACUCGCAUUUUUGACGUUACGCGAUGAUUCCGGGACAAUUCAGCUUUAUUGCGAGAAGGAGAGGCUUGUAAAUGAUCAAUUUGAUCAGUUAAAGACACUUGUUGAUAUUGGUGAUAUACUAGGUGCAAGUGGUUCAAUCAAGCGGACAGAGAAAGGAGAACUUUCUAUUUAUGUGAAUUCAUUUGCCAUUUUGACCAAAUCUCUACUUCCACUGCCGGAUAAAUAUCAUGGUCUAACUGAUGUGGAUAAGCGCUACCGCCAAAGAUAUGUAGACAUGAUUGCCAAUCCUGAAGUAGCUGAUAUAUUUCGGAAAAGAGCAAAGAUUGUGUCAGAGAUACGCAAGACAGUGGAAUCUUUAGGUUUCGUUGAAGUUGAAACUCCAGUUCUGCAGGGAGCAGCUGGUGGAGCAGAAGCUAGGCCAUUUGUUACAUACCAUAAUUCUCUUGGAAGGGACCUUUAUUUGAGAAUAGCGACUGAGCUUCACUUAAAGAGAAUGCUGGUUGGGGGGUUUGAAAAGGUAUAUGAGAUUGGGAGAAUAUUUAGAAAUGAAGGCAUUUCAACUCGUCAUAAUCCUGAGUUUACCACAAUAGAGAUGUAUGAAGCAUAUUCAGACUACCAAAGCAUGAUGAACAUGGUGGAGGAAAUUGUUACUAGAUGUGCUCUUUCAGUUCAUGGGAAGCUUACCAUUGACUACCAGGGUGUGGAGAUAUGUCUUGAGCGACCUUGGAGGAGGGAAACUAUGCACAAUCUUGUAAAAGAAUCCACCGGAAUUGAUUUCAAUGAUUUGGUCAAUGAUGUUAAAGCUGCUAAAGAAAUAACUCUUAGGGCCCUAGAAAUCAACCUUGAUAAGAAAGACAAAUGUUCUAUUGAAGCAUGCCCAUCUGUUGGCCACCUCCUUAAUGAGGUUUUUGAGAUUGUUGUAGAACCAAAGCUUCUGCAACCUACAUUUGUUUUGGACUAUCCUAUUGAGAUUUCUCCUCUGGCUAAACCACAUAGAAGGCAUGCAGGGCUAACAGAGAGAUUUGAACUUUUCAUCUGUGGUCGUGAGCUGGCGAAUGCAUUUUCUGAAUUGACUGAUCCUAUGGAUCAGAGAGGACGCUUGGAAGAGCAAGUGAGGCUGCAUAAUGAGAAGAGAGCAGCGGCUGCUAUGGAAGCAAAUAGUGCAGAAGAGCGAGGAAAUAAAAACGAGGAUGACUCAUAUGAAGUGACUCUUGAUGAUGACUUCCUAACGGCUCUGGAAUAUGGAAUGCCUCCUGCUUCAGGAAUGGGACUUGGAAUCGACAGGCUAGUGAUGCUUCUGACAAACUCUGCAAGCAUUCGAGAUGUAAUUGCUUUUCCAGUUCUUAAGAUUCAGCAAUAGGGUAACGGCAAAAGAUCGGUAUAUGCGAAUUCUUUUGGAUCAGCAAUAUGACAUGUUUCAAUACAGCAUUGUUAUUUUUUAGGAAAAUUUUGUCAUGUAUUUUUUGUAACACAAAUACAAUACAGAUUCUUGUUUUUUAAGUCCAGCUUAUUUCCUCCCCCUGCGAAUGGCUGUAAAUUAUGACUGGUUUGAGACACUAAGCUGCGAUACAAUUUCAAUGACUGAAUUUGUUAUUCAUGG